AGCUUUGAAAGAUGAACCGGGGCCGGGGAGGGAGAAAAAGAACAGCACCAGAAAAAUCAAAUGCCCUUGAAACUUGUGACGAGGAAAUAUGUGCUGAGGUUCACCAGCUCUUCAACAAGAUGUGGUUCUGGCUGAGUGAUCCAACAAAAGACAGUGAACAACGUAUGGCCAUUUUUCUGUCCAGAAAUGUGUUUAUGGAAAUGUCUACGAAUAUGUGGAGAAGUGUCUUGUGAAGUAAGUGCAUAAGUGCAGUUUCAAGGGGCUCGCCAGCAUAUCCUUCUACAUCUGGCUCUCAUCAUCACCAAUCAUGUCAGGAUUACAACAGACUUUUCAAAGGUAAUGAAAAGGUGCUGGAGAACAUUCACCAACUCAGCCAGGACCUGCAGAGACAUGCAAUGGCUGCAUUGAAGGGAAGGAACUGGAACAUUUCAUCCGUGAGCUCGAGAUGGCACGGAAAAGUGUGGAUCCUUCAAAUGCUUCGUUCAAAGACAGGAUGAAGGAGUUCAUGCUGAAAUUCGAUGAGAACGGUGAUGGGAAGAUUGAGAUGUCAGAGCUGGCCCAGAUCCUGCCAACAGAGGAGAAUUUUCUAUUGUGCUUCAGACAGUUUGUGGGAUCCAGUGCAGAGUUUAUGGCAGCUUGGAGAAAAUAUGAUAAUGACCGUAGCGGAUACAUUGAAUCCAAUGAACUGAAGGGCUUCCUCUCAGAUCUGUUGAAGAAAGCAAACAGACAUUACGAUGACAAGAAACUGAACGAGUAUACACAGACCAUACUUAAAAUGUUUGACCUGAAUGGUGAUGGAAAACUGGGAUUGUCCGAGAUGGCUAGACUGCUUCCUGUGCAAGAGAAUUUUCUGCUCAAGUUUCAGAACUUCAAACUAUCUGCUGAAGAAUUUGAAGUAAUCUUCAACUUUUAUGACAAGGAUGGAAAUGGUUACAUUGAUGAACAUGAACUGGAUGCACUGCUGAGAGACCUCUACCAGAAACAUAAAAUGGUCAUUGACCCUCAAAGUCUGGCUAGCUCAAAGAAGAGCAUCAUGGCGUUGUCUGACGGAGGGAAGCUUUUCCGCACAGAGCUGGAGAUUGUGUUAUGCAAGGAUCCGUCAGUGUGAACUCUGAGCUCUUAACUCUCACUUCCUCCUCUGUACCUUCACCCACCCCAAUCUAGCCAAAGCAGGUGCAUGUGGUGUGGCUCUGUUCCACCUCUUAUCCUGCAAAGAUAAUCAGCAUCCACAACGUACCCCUCUCUCCGUGGCAUGCCUUUCCCAAAGAUAUGGCUUCUCGAUGUGUGCAUCUCUUGUUUGUCUGUUUUAUGUCAAAACAUAAUUAUUACAUUGUGGAAUAAUAAUGGAUAUUUGGUCUUUGGUCUUAUUCUCCUGCUUGUACCAAAUCUUUAAUUCGGUUUGCCAUGUGUGCAGUCUGCUCUCUCUCUCUCCGUUCCUCCAUUCCUCCAUCAUUUGUUCUCUGUCCAAUCUCAUAUCUCCUUUUUUUGUGCAGGCUGUAGACUGUUCUGUUUUGCCAACACUGCUAAAAGAGUACCUGAAAUAAAGAUCAGAUAAGACAUUUUACCGUCAA